AUGACCAAUGAGCUAAUUGAGAGAGAACCAGAGAUCAACAAUGAAAGCAAGCUAAAAACGUGCAAUGAUCUAUCGAGUCUUGUCAACACCCUAGGCGAGUCGACAUUUACUGUUCAAUUAGUUGUUGAAACUUGGAAAAUCAAUAAUGUCGAAGAUUUGCAUUCUAUGAUCAAUGGGUGUAGGAGUUUGGUCGUUAACUCGCAAACCCACAUUCUCAAAGACGACCAGCCUACAAAAGUUUGUAAGCAAUUCUCUAGCAAAUCCUUGUUUGGCACAUUUAUCACACAAGUAUGUACCUUUUUCGACAUGCUCGAGUUUGACGAAAGUUUGUUGAUUUUUCAGUCACUUUUGGAGUUUCGCAAAUCUACAAAGGGCCAAAUCGAGAAAUCAAGACAGCGUGUUGUUAUUGUUGAUGAUGGUGAUGGUGAUGGUGAUGGUGAGGAUGACGACCCAAUGGAGACGGAUAAAAACGACUUGUUCAACGCUUUGGAAAACCAACUUUCCAAAAUCGGUAUAAGUCAAAGAGAUAAACAUACCAUCUCUCGAUCAAAACGAGAUUUAGAGAGUUUGAUCAGUAAUCAGAUUGCAGUUUUGGAAAAUUAUGGUACACCAACACCUCUAUAUUUGAAAAGAAUCAUCAAGAUGAUGACUGCGUCCAGUACUAUUGGCUCUAUAAAAGCACUGGAUUUUAAUCAACUACCCUCUUGUUAUUAUUUGAAUUAUUUGGAAUGUUUAUCCGAGUUGAACUACAACGGAGCAGUAGAUGCAUUACAUCAAUAUUUUGAUUACAUGGUAAGUAACAACUCCAAAUAUUUUUAUCAUUUUGCAUUGAUUUCAAAAGCUUCACUACAUCAAUUCUUUGGCGAGGAUCACAAAGCAAUUGAUUCCAUUGUUGAAGCAAUUAGUGUAGCUAGGGAAAAUAAAGAUAAUGCAACUUUGACUUAUAUCCUCAGUUGGUUUUACAAUUUCAUGCACAAUAAACCUCAUUUGUGGAAAGAGCAAACUUUGUUCAACAAGAGCAAUGAGGAUCAAUUGUUGGACUUUUUAAUCAAGAAAAGUGCUUCGGUCAAUAUACUGCUCUUGGCAAUAAAUCUUGGUUUUGAAACGUUACAAAUAAUGCAUAGUGGUCUGAGUAUCGGUGAGUUUAUGGCGAGCUUGACCCGCACCUUGUUUACUGCGGUCAAUGACAUAAAGCCUACAUUUGUUCGAUGCGCAGAAAUGGCGGCUUCUAUCUGGAAUACAGUUGGUGUGACCCCACUUUGUCGGGUUUAUGAUGAUCUAGCAUUGCAGUAUAGUGCCAAAUCUUCCGACUAUAUAAGUAUCAAGUCUCGUCGAAUAUACCUUGAUUUCAUGCGAGGCUAUGAGCGUGAAAAAUAUGUAGAAGAGAUGGAUAAACUUGCACUGGGAAUCAGCGAUCAUUCAUUGUAUAAUUCGAUACACAUCCGGUCACUUAUGAUGCAUAUUAAGCAAUAUUUGAUUCAAGGUAGGACAAGAAUGGGAUACGAACUAAUGAAUAUGCUCCUUAAUAGUGACAUUAGGGAUUUAGAGUUGAGAAAUGAAUUAUCUUUAUUGGAAAUAGAAGUCUUGAUUAAGAAUGAAAAUUAUCAUGCAGCAUUGGAAAAAGCAUUAGCAAUAACUUAUGUGGAUGAUUAUAUGCUACUACGAUUGAAUAUUUUGAAAUGCCGAAUAUUCAACUUAUCGGGAAACCCGUAUCGGUCCUUGUCUCUGAUUGUCCAGAGUAUUGAACUGUGCAAGAGGUUCGGAUUUGGCGCCUUAUUGAUUGAAGCGUCUUUGAUUUUCUUUGAGAUAUUGAAUCAGCUAGGGCAUAAAAAGGAUGUAAUUAGAUUAAUCGGUGAGAUUAUGCCUCAUAUUGAGAGUUAUGGAAACAAGGAAUUGAGAGAGGCUGCUUUUUACCAGCUUGAGAUAGCUAAAGCUGAUGAAGACUGUUAG